GGUGGAGGGGUGAAAGCAUCAGGAGCCAACGUCUGCCUCUCAGAGUGGCUCUCCGAGGGACUCAAGCUGGUACCAUAUGUAGGAAGGGGUGAAAAAUGGAGGGCGGUGGCCAUUUCUUCUAGAAGAGCUGUGGGGAUGACCGAACUCUCUGAGCCACCCACCAUAGGCCCUGGAGAGACAGCGAAAUACGUGGAUCCGCCCAAGGAGCUUCUUAUUGGAAGAGGGGAGACACAUGAACAAGUAAAAUUCAGCGUGAACUGUGCAACAGUAGGAGUGUGUACAAGUUUUGAAAGGACUUCAGGGGAUGGCAUCCCUUCCUUGAUAUAUCCACCAAGGAAUUGUAUGUCAGGAAGGCUGAUUUUAUCUAGUUUGCCCUGGAGUCCUGGUUGCAGCCUGCAGCCCUGGGGGUCAGUCAGUUCAGCUCUUGUCAUCUGAACCAUGAGGAUCUGGUGGCUCCUGACUGUCACUGGAGUCUGUAUAGGGAGCGUGAACUCACAGGACACGUGCAGGCAAGGGCACCCUGGUGUCCCUGGGAAUCCCGGUCACAAUGGUUUGCCCGGAAGAGAUGGACGAGAUGGAGCAAAGGGUGACAAAGGGGAAGCAGGAGAACCAGGACACCCUGGUGGCCCAGGGAAGGAUGGCAUGAAUGGAGAGAAAGGAGAACAAGGCGCUGAUGGAAAAGUUGAAGCAAAAGGCAUCAAAGGCAAUCAAGGCUCAAGAGGGCCACCGGGGAAACACGGCCCAAAGGGAUUUGUUGGCCCCAUGGGGGAGAAAGGGCUCCAGGGAGAGACUGGCCCUCAGGGGCCAAAGGGGGAUAAAGGUGAUGUGGGUCCCAGUGGUCCACAAGGGCUGAAGGGCAGCAUGGGAUCUUUGGGCCCAACUGGUUUAACUGGCCCCAUGGGCCCCAUUGGAAAGCCUGGUCCCAAGGGAGAUGCUGGGCCCUUGGGGCCCCAGGGUGAGCCAGGAGUCCGGGGAAUGAGAGGCUGGAAAGGAGAUCGGGGAGAAAAAGGGAAAAUUGGUGAGACUCCAGUCUUGCCCAAAAGUGCCUUCACUGUGGGUCUCACUGUGCUGAGCAAGUUUCCUUCCUCAGAUGUGCCCAUUCGAUUUGACAGGAUCUUGUAUAACGAAUUCAACCAUUACGACGUGGCCACGGGGAAAUUCACCUGCCACGUUGCCGGGGUCUAUUACUUCACCUACCAUAUCACUGUGUUCUCCAGGAAUGUGCAGGUAUCUUUGGUUAAAAAUGGGGUAAAAAUACUGCACACCAAGGACGGUUACAUGAGCUCUGAGGACCAGGCCUCCGGUGGCAUCGUAUUGCCCCUGAAGCUUGGGGACGAGGUGUGGAUGCAGGUGACGGGAGGGGAGAGGUUUAAUGGCUUGUUUGCGGAUGAGGAUGAUGACACAACUUUCACAGGCUUCCUUCUGUUCAGCAGCUAAUGAUGGAGAAGCGUUAAUAAGUCUGCCUCACCAUCCAGCUGAUUAGCUUGGGAAAGACAUGAUUAGAUGAUUUUUUUCUGUAUUAAUUACUCUCAUUAUUGUAAUAAUCAUAAAAAAGGUGAAAAUAAGGACGUUAUUCCUAAAACCGAUUCUAU